AUGCUUGAGCAUGCAGUAGCGUUGUUAUUACAGCGACUACUGGGCAAGUUUGUAACUUUUAACUCGAAUAUGCUUAAGCUAAGUCUAUGGCAAGGUGAUGUAUCAUUUCAGGAUCUUGAGCUGCGAUUAUCAUACGGUGAGGGCGUGAUUGAUCAUUUAAGCGUCAAGAUUCCAUGGCGUUCAUUAUGGACAUUACCAGUAGAGAUCAAGGUACAAGGUAUUCGUGUAUUACUUCAUCAGACGUCAAAGAAGAAUGAGAUGGAGUUAUACAAAGUAGAAGCGACGAUGGAUACGAGUAUUGACGACAGCAAUGGAGACGAUCGAACCUAUCUAUCAAGAUUAGUCUCUCAUAUUAUUGGCAAUGUAAAGAUUGAAUUAUCAGACGUACAGGUUCGAUAUGACUGUGAUCCGUGUUCUUUAGCCCAGCAACCAGGAAGUGGCACGUUGGAGAUUGACUACAUCAGUUUGAUUAACACUAAUGCAGACUGGGACUUGGAGUUUACACCACAGUCAAAUGCGGCAAUGGAGUCGAGAAAACUGAUGAAAACAGAAGGUAUUGCAGCGUACAUCGAAUAUUCAGACAAGCGAAGGAGUAAAAGCUUGGAAUCUGAACUUAAGAUACAUCGAAAAUAUUUAUUUCAUGAGUGGUGCAGCACUGUAAAGGCAAGUCUGUAUUACCACAGCGUUAAUGCAGCGUUUCCAGAUGUAGAGUUGGAUGUAGAUGUUGGGUUUAAGCCUGGAAGCAUUGCAGAAAAAUGCGCGAUUUGUGCUGCACACAACACGAGUAGGAAGAAAAAAGUCGUACUACCAGUGAACCAGCCUAGAGUGCAUUUUGGAUCGGAACAUAUUGACGUGUUGUAUGCCAUCUUGAUUGAAGUGAGGGCGCCUUAUGACGAAUACGAUCGCUUAGCUUCAUUGACACAGCAACAGGCAUCACGACCGGACGGCUUUUUGAUGGUACUUUCAUACGCGAAGCAGUGGCUGCUGACCGAUUGUUUGGAUGCAGUGGUGGGAGAAUCAUUUACUUUAGCGGCGGAAGAUGAAGGCGAUGACGAUGAUGAAUUUGAGGAUGCUAUUACUCCUCCGGGUCUUUCUGUGCAAGCAAGAUUGCGCCAUGGAGUCGAAAUCUUGUUUUGUACUCGAAAACCCGCUUCAACAGGAGACGAAGCUGUCGGAGGGACACAUUGGGUAUGGGUGCUAGGGGAGACGAUUGGAGUUGUCAAGCAGUCAUGCGUAGAAGACGAGAUUCAGCUGAGUGUUCAGUCACUGCUCAUGUACGAGGUUGCUGGCAGCGAAAGCUGCAGCAUAAUUGAUCACGCAUGUACAAAUGACGAAGAUGCCAGUUUAACUGUGGUGGAGGCGCCUAUUGUUCAGAUAUCUUGUAUCAUUCCUGCGUAUCAGAGCCGUCUUGUCGGACACCAGCCUACCCUGGACGUUCGUAUAGACAAAAUCAUGAUAUUUAUUAAAGAUGAGACGCUACUUAUGUGGAUGACUCUCUUUGCACCGGUGUAUUUGUGGUGGAACCAGUGGACAAUAUCGCAUCCGAGUAAAUUGGUUGCAUACAAUGAAGCACAGAUUGCUCCGAUCGCACAUGUAGGAAUCAAGAUGGAGCAAAUUUGCUUUGUGUUUGCGCUUCAUGAUAAAUUUUGCUUUGGCAUCAAUUUAACAGACCUAUCAGUUGAAACGUCUGAGCCUAAUUCUGAAUUUGUGAGGAGCAAUUUUCGGACAAGCAUUCGUUUGUUCUCAUUUAGCGAGAGCGUGGUGUCAUUGCAAGCUCAAAAGAAUAUGAAUGACGUGCAAGGCGUGCAUGAAAUUGUGGCUGCGACCAAUCUCUCGCUUACGAAAACAAGUCGAUCAAGAACGCAUUGGUCGACGGAGAAUUAUUCUUGCAAGCACUGUGCUUUGCGUGAUGGGGCACUUUGUUAUGAGCAGCAAGAAUAUGACCCCGAAGAGGAAACUGCUAUGUACAACUACGAAUCUGCAUUCUCUACGAUGCGGAUUGAGUGGACAGUAACCGAGCUUGACAAUCUCUUUUGGGUACUGGGAAAGUGGAGUUUCUUUUUGCGGGAAAAAGCAGCUCAUGGGCCAGAUCGAGAUCUGAAUCCUGCUGUUGAACAUGCAAAUGUGAAGUUAAGUUGUCAAAAAAAGUGUUCUGUCCAGGCUUCUGAGAUUCAAAUAUGUAUAAGUGAUGAUCGUCCAGGCCAGGAUUCCCAGGCGUCGUUUUUACUGUUCAUCAAAGAUGCGGAAUGGAUGUCACGCGUAUGCACGACGACUUCUGCCCAAAGCAUCAGCGCAGCAUCAAUUUCGCUCCAAGAAGGUGAUAAUAUGAUUUUUCGAGUCGCUGGAAAUCCAGGUCUACGCACUUUUGCUUUGAUUGCUACGUUGCGAACAGAUCUAGCUUACUCAUGCGAAGUCCGGGCAGCAGAAAAGAAUGUGUCAUCAGUCCUUCGGUUUAACCAUCAAACUACUUGUACUGUUUUAUCUUUAGAGCGCUUGUGUGGAGACUUAUAUCUUCCGGAUGUACAAAUAUUUAUGACGUGGUUGAAAGGGUUUCAUGACAGAUACUUGCUGGGUUUCAUUCUAUCGACUAGCUAUGGGUACGAGCUUGAUGAGUUCCGGCACAAUUUGUCAAUGCUGACAUCUGAAGCUUUGUCGAAAUUGGUGAAAGGUUCAAGGUGUUUACGUGACGAGGUUGUCAUCAGUUUGUCGGUUGCCCACGGCUUGCAGCUUAAUAUUAGGCAUCGGGAUCAAACGCCAGGUGCCUCUCUCGACACUUCGUCGCCAGUCCAAACAAUUGCUCGUCUGGAAGUUUCAAGUAUGUCGCUGCAAGCUCGUCGGUCUGCUUCUGCCGUGAGUAGCAAGGAGUUUCAAAUUAAGGGUAGCAUGCGAAAUUUGCAGCUGACUGACUUGACAAAUCCAAGUGGAGUACUGGCAUCUGUAGCAGCCCUACCGAAUCGGCAAUGUAUUGGCUCGCCUGGAGAUAUGCUUGAUGGAGUAGCUGGUGGAGGAUCGUUUGGUGUGAAAAAUGUCAUCGACUUCGUGGCCGACGCUUCAGAAAGUUGUGAUGGAAGGGUUGUGGUUCGCGUUCGGUUGGACUCAGUUUGCAUUGUGUACCUGCACCGGGUAUUCAAGCAGUUUUAUCACUACAUUUUUGACAAUCUCUUUGAUGCUCUUGGAAAUCCACUGGAUCACAUUCCGAGCUAUGAGAAGGCUAGCUGUGUAUUUAUAAGCUACAUGGUGAACACUACAGCACUUCCUGUGUCAUUAAAGGAGGUUUUACACAUGUAUGUCAAUGCGGUGGUGAACGAGGUUGACGAGCGUGCUGGCGCAAUGGGGAUGGCUAGAGAUCAAAUGGAAAAAGUGUGCUUUGAAGUUGUCGGAAACGACUUGACAUUUGCACUGCCACGGAAUUCGUUUUCGAGAGAUAGUAUCAUAUGUCGCUCAACAAAUGCUCGCUUCUGGAGCAGUGGAGUUGAUCCUUCAACAUCUUCCUUCUUGCAAAACGGCACCUUUGCCGACGAAGAAGCACGGUUAUCACAAGGAUCAGUACUCGCUGGUGCGUCUGCAGCGAAAGCACAGCUUAUUCGUCGAACGGAUCUGAGAAAUUUGAGACGACAAAUCAAGAACCAGCGGUCUCGCAUCUUAAGCAACCGUAGCCAGUUGUUUAUUGAUUUACGGAGAGCCAAUCAGCAAGCACAGAACUACCUGCAUGAAGGCUUUCAGGCUUUUCCGGCAGCUGAAAAUGCUGUGAUGAUUAUCCAUUACAAGAUUGUUCAAUUGGAUCAGCAGUUGGAGCAACUCACGCAACAUCUUCUCAAAGUAGACGAUGCACUCGACGAAGCAAAAGCUGGAGAAGACGCGCUUCAUAGUGGUGGCUGCGAUAACCUACACUUCUGCGCAAGUGCAUCGACGAAUGGUUUGCAAGCACAAUUAAACUUGAUAGAGAAAAUACGCCAUGAAGUUGCUGGUAUGUCUCAGCAUCUCAUGGCGCCAUUGUUUGUGGCUGAAAAUGCAGAAUUUCAUGACGCACGAGUUGCGUCAGAUUUCACUGUAACAUCACAAGGUCAUAGAGACGGAGACAUGUCAACGUCGUCGGUGGGACUUUUCGAAUUUGAGCUGGUUGACCUAAGCGGAACAACACGGGACUUAGUGUCACCACUCUUUCACCAUUCGCUUCUGACUGGUCGCAUUGAUUUGGAGCCGGAGAGCUUGUCCGAGGCAAUAUUGAGUUCAUACUUUGGGCUCACUUUAUCGAUGAACGAACUCAGUAUAGGAAUUGGGCCAGAGCAAUAUACAACCCUCUUGGGAAUGGUUUACGAAAAUUUUCGGGAAGUCUCGCGCGUUGUCACGGAAGACACUUACACGUUGUGUGUCACUUGUAGAGGGUUCCACGAUGACAGUAAGCACUGCAAUGCUAUAUGGCUGAAGAUUCUAGUGAAGGUUGCUGACGCUGCGCUUCGAAUCUCUAGCAACGACCACGCCAUUGCAGAUUUGUUCUGGGAGCAGUUUGAGUUAGUGUUUACCUUGCGGACGGAUGACUUGCUGGAGAUCAGCGCAGCAGCACUUUCCUUCACAACAGUCGAUGUGCGACCUACUCAUUGUCAGGCGGCAGCAGAAGUUGUUCGUCCGCUUCCUGGAGACGGUUUUCAAUUUGAGUUCAACCAGAAAAUGAAUUGGACAGAUACGACUUACGAUUUGAAAGUGAAAAACACCAAUUUUCUUGGUGUUUAUCCAGCGUUUCACGACAUUGUGGCUUUUUUUGUGACUCCAAUUUUCAAAGAAGGAGAAUUUCUUGAAUGUAGUGUUGGGUUUAUGGCGCCUCCACCUCCUGAUUGGCAAAAGGUGGACUUCUUUGUGACUACAACCGGGUGUCUCUUUUCAUUAUUGGAGGAUACCGAAACAACUGAUGCGCGGGCGCUGAUCAUGUUGACUGAUAUUAUAGCUGCGUACUCAACGCACCAGAAAUGUGAGGGUGUGGCGGACAUGACCAAGUGUCAUUUGGAUUUUGAUCAACAUGGUGUGUAUUUCUCGCAGCUUCCUAAUCUUCAGAUUGAUGCGUCAUUCCCCCUGUCAAACCCAUUUCUUGUGGUUGUUGACCACUUUGUGGAAGGUUCAAUAACCAUGUCACGGCGAAACUCGUUCGUGCUGGCUCCAGUCGAAGCGCGAUUUUCUGUGCAAGACGCAAAUUUAUUUAUUAACAUUGCCAACAACUAUCUACAGUGGGUCCCAUCUCCCAGUCGUUCGGGUCCGACAAGAGCCAUGUCAAUUGAAGCGCAAACUAGAUCUAAUGGCACCUUCAAUUCUCAGGAUUCUUCGGCGGCACCACCAACGACUUUUGUUGCUGACAAGCUUCUUGGUGAUGUUGGCGAGCUACGUCUGGUGCUCGUGAACAACAGUUUAGGUAUUCCUAUUGCCGAUUUUCAUAUGCGGGAAAUUGUAUGCGAGUAUAUUCAAGAUGAAGACUACUCAACAACUAUAGGUGCCACGCUACUUUUCAACUACUUCAACAACAGCAUAUAUCAAUGGGAGCCUCUUGUGGAACCAUUUGUUGUCCAGAUGCGCAUUUAUCGUGCGCUGAAAGAUAACAGCCUUGUGGAAGUAUUUGCAAACCUGCCUAAUACUGUCAACUUUAACAUGACACCUGCGAUGGCCCCUUUACUUUCUUCAGAAGCAUUGACUCGAGCAGAUUUUGUCACGUCUGGGUCAAAGUCAACAGCACCGUUUUGGGUAGAAAACAAAACAGGUUUAGAGCUAAAGUUUAGUUUUCGGCGUGGGACAGGAACUAUCAUUCAACAAGUCGUAGCAGAAAAUGGAAAAGUAUCCGUCGACUGUCGAGAGCAAGGAGACAUGCUAAGUUUUGACAGCGCCUCAGCUGAUCGAUUCCUGCGGGAAACUGACCGCCAAGCGCUAACUGUAAAUCACACACUAUCUGUUUGGCUGAACGGUAACAAGUGGGUAAGUGUGAACCCUGUCGUAGUUGAUAUGGUUGGACAUGUAGCCGUUCCACUUCGUGAAUCACUGGUGCCAGUAGCUAGUGAUGCUGUAGAUGACCAUGAGACCGGUGGUGAUGAGGAAAUCAGUCCGCCUACUUUGGUGGCGGAGAUCAGUAUUCAAGCCGAUGGCAGCAAGCUUAUUUGCCUGCAUUCCCAGGUGGUGCUCCAAAACCGCACUUCUGUUCCGUUAAUGGUGUGGGCAUUUUCACCUCGUGAAGGUGGUUGCAUUCAAGAGUGGAUUAUUGAUCGUGAGCAAGUUUGCCAUAUCCCUCUUCAACUUGUACACCCACAAAGUAAACUUAGUAUUCGACCUUCACCGUAUGUCCAAUAUGCGCCUCUAACAACGAGCUUGGAAGAGCUGGGGGAUGAAGUAAGGACAGCGAAAGCCGUCAACACCAAGCGCUUUGUGUGCGCUGGUAGCUGCGUAUGCAAUUUUGAAACGUUUGCUACGACGGAGGAAUUACAAAACGCCGCUAAGUCGCUGAAGACGGUGUCAUCUUCUUCGUUGUCUUCGGCCAUUCCGCUGUCAGGUUAUAUUGUUCGGGAUUUGCCUACUUGGAAGUGCACGUAUGAUGUGGAAGCUUACUAUUUGAUGCGUGCAACCUUUUCAAGUACUGAUGAAUCUCCACUUGCGGAGGAACAGGUAAGCAAAUUACCACAAGUUGAGGAGGAAGAAGGCAAAAAAGUGGAAGAGGACUUUCUUCACGUGUUUAGCGAGCCAGUUAAGCGCCAGCGCACGAAGCCAUUGCGAGACGUAAACCACGACUUGGAUGAAGCAAGAACCGUGGGUCAGCGGCGAGGGCUGUACGAAGCGACCAAUUCCAGUCUCUAUUACCUCUCUGUGUCUCCAUUUCUUACACUACACAAUCGCUUGGCAACAGCGAUGGCGUAUCGCCUGCUUAAUGGUUCUCUUCAGCUCAUUGCCGAAGGUAUCUUAGCAGUAGGAAAUGUGCUUCCCUUAUUUCAAGUCGAUAUAUUAGAGCCGCUGUACGUAUCAUUUCGUCUGGAGAACUACAACUGGAGCGCUCCAAAACUGAUCAUUAACCCGAAGACGUAUACCUAUUCGGUACCUUACAAAGAAAUAAUUGAACCGAUGGAAUUGCUUGGUCACGCUUUUGAUCGUGAUAUUGCCGGAGAGCAGGGAAGUGUGCCGAAUCUGCAGCUCCAAGUGAAGCUAUCAGGGCGUGAUGUUAUCGUGUUCUGUUCGAUUUGGAUCGUCAACCAUACCGAUCUUGACCUUGAGUAUUGCAAUUCAACAAGCUCAUCGUGCAAACGGCUUGAGAAUGUACGCAAGUAUGUACACCGACGUUCAGCUUCGGUAGAAGAGGAGAGUGAAAACUUUUCAACCAAUUCAAUGUCUUUUCGUAGAGAAGGUACCAGGGAGACUCAAUUGACGUGUUUGCAAAAGGUGAGGCCUUCUGCUAAUCCAGUUGCUGUGGUUGUUGUUAUUCGAGAAGCAAGGGAUUUGUACAAUGCGCAAUUUUUCGGAUCCCAGAGUCCGUACGUACGAGCAUCUUUAUACGUUCUCAAGAACCCAGCAGACAAGUACUUAGAGAAGCCAGAGAUGGUUGCAAUUUGCUCUGCCUCUACCAAGCCAAGUCCGUCUGGUGGGUUAACUCCUCAAUGGAACGGUCGCCUUCAGAAUACUUUGCUGUUACGCUUUCCGCCUGAAUUAAGGACAUUAGAGUUGGCGCGUAUUAUCGUCGAGGUACGCAAUGUACACUAUGGACUGGACUCUUGCCUUGGAGUUACCGCUGUCAAAGUGGACAGUAUUUUGAAAGAUCGUAAGCGAGCUGCAGCGUUCAAUUGGUAUAAGCUGCUAAAACGGAAGUCAUCACGUGAGCAAAGAGCAUCUAAGAACAAUCUUGAAAGCAUACAUCGAGGAGAUAUUAGCAUCUCAUUUUCUGUUGGCACAUCUCAAGAAUUACCUACAGACAUGGACACAGCGCAGAGUGUUGAGGUACUUGCUGACGACGAAAGUGAACCGUCCAUUUAUGACGAGGAAACAAUACUUACUAGUUUGGAAAGGCAAGAAAACGAAGACAUUCAUCCCAAUGAUGUAGAAGUUUCUUUGGUAUUAGAGCAGCAGCAAACGCCAGGUGCACUUCCAUCUACAAGGGUAGCUAGGUCGUUGCAACGCCUUCAGACGCCGUCUAAUCAUGACAUUGGACUAAUUGGAGCCCCAGCCUCUAUGCGCGGGCGGCAAGUGUAUUCAUUUGCAGGUGAAUUCGAGACCACGUGCUCGCAGGAGUUUGUAUCAUACGAUCCAACAUCAACACGAGCGAUGGGGGCUAUGGUGCUGACCGGGUCACCAGCAAAACCAGCUUAUAAGGGAAAACCUCACGGGGUUCAGGUAUAUUUACCGCACAACCGCUUUGCCAGUAUCGUAGUUGAAGUGUAUGCAAGCUUACUCAUGUCGGAAGUCUUCAGCCUCGUUUGCAUGAAGUGCGGCUUUGUGGGAGUCUUAGACAUCAAUGACUUUGAUUUCUACGAGCUAGUGCUUCCUCGAUUUGUGUCACUUCGAAGUGCAGGGCGACCGGAAGGCGAACGGUGGUAUGGGCAGCCUAUUGCGAUGAGUUCACGGGUUGAGAAUCGAGGUCGUCGUCAUGGGCUUCAUUUAUGUCACAAAAUAACGAUGACAACGAUCCGUUUGUACGAUGAAGCGAGCACAGCGAGCUCUCACCACGUUACCCCACGCUCGCUUGUUACGAGUUCCAAACGUUCAAACCCUGCACAAAUUCGUCCAACGCCUUGGGGUGAUGUACUUCCUUACAGCUGUGGAGGUAAGCACUGGGAAGUUUUGCGAAUUAAGUCGCGAUCUUCGUCAUGGUCUGACAUUAUUCGUCUUAACCGCAACGCCAUGGGAAAUUCCGGGGUUGCUCAAGUUAUCAGUCUCGCUAAUGAAGUCUAUGAUCAGGAGCAAGAAAGUGAUCUUCGAAAAGGAAGCCAAGAAUUAGCCUUGUGGAGUAAUUAUGGCAGUGGACGCUUUUCAGAGACAAUCAUUGCAACUAUAGUUCCUCGUUACAUCUUGAUCAACAAAACAGGAGAAACUAUUAAGUACCGGCAACUUGAUGUGCCUCAAACCUUGCAAUUGUCUGCCAACGAGCUUGUGCCAUUCCACUGGCCCAGUGCAUCAAGAGAGAAGCUGCUGGAAGUGACUUUACUGCACAAGUACAGCUGGAGCGGAGGUUUUCGUAUUAACUCUCUUGGGACCACGUAUUUGAAACUCCGUGACCGGGAUAACCCCUCUCGCAUUUACAUUUUGCAAUGUCAGAUUGAGCUUGUAGGUGGUUCGAUUGCGUUAGUUUUUCGAGAAGAGUCAAGGCGCUUCCCUCCAUACAGAAUCGACAACAUGACAUCCUUUCGAAUACGCUACAAGCAGACAAACUGGGGCGAGGAUAAGGAUUUUGACGAGCUUCUGCCACGGUCUUCUUGCCCCUACUCAUGGGAUUAUCUGCAUGGCGCUGAGGGAAAGUCAUCGUCGUUUAAUCAGGAUUCUGUCUUCCCGGGCGGCUCAACCUCAUCGACUCGUUCGCUUCAAGUGAGAUUCAUGCGAGUGACAUCGUCAUCCUCAAAAACUAAUGGAGACUCUGAUAAGGAUGCUGUGGAAAUUCGCGAGUACAAUCUAGACGAAAUGGCUACUCACAAGCGUAUUCAGCUGCACCGCUCUUUACCGUCAGAGCUUUUCUUGAAACCGGAGCAAAAGGGAUAUUUGCUUAAGAAGGAUAGCAUGCUCAAGUGGAAUCGGAAAUACUUUCGGCUUUACGAGCAUAUACUCUAUUACUUUGCCAACGAAACUGACCAGGAGCUUUUGGGAGUAGUGGACUUGCGAACAGGUUCUGAUGUGCCGGGUGUCGGAGGAGUCGCCAUUUUUGAGAAGGCUGCGGAAGCUCCGACAAAAAGUGGCUUUAUCUCGUUAAACGGUCUGGUCUUGUCAAUUUCAGGCAGUCUGUUUGGCGGAGAUUCAAAGCAGCUGGGAAAAGAGGGAGGUGAUGAUGAUGACGACGGCGAUGAUAGGUCAAGGAAGUUGGUUCGAUUUGCAGUGUCCUUAACUACAUCAAGUGUGCUAUGUGAAUCUUCGGAGAACUUUGUGAGCAUGAUGAUUGAAGAUGGGGCGGCUGCUGCUGCUGAUGUAGCACAAAAGGGCUUUUACGUGAAUGGACAAGACCUUGUGGAUUACUUGGUAACAGAAAUGAGCACCCAGACGAAGGCUGAAGCAUUCACUGCAGCACAAGAAAUGAUGGAGCUUGGUGUACUGAAGCAAGUGCAAAUAUCAAGAGAUGGAGGUGCGCGCCGACAGGCACCAAUGAGAAGUUUUCAAUGCUCCAAAACUGUGUGGUAUCGUGUUAACUCGAUCAAUCUAUCGGGCGCCUCAGACAUGGACUCACAAGACAACUUGAGUAGAAUAACACCGCAAUGUAGUGAGCCAUCAACAAAAUGCGGUAGGUCUGAUGCAAAACCCAAUGUCGUUGGAUCGAACCAGUUUUCGAUUAUUACGCCAACUAAGUGCUACGAUCUAAAGGCAAAAAAUUCUAAGAUCGCUAAGACUUGGGUGAGGCGUCUUCGACUUGCCAGUCAAGGUGGUGAAACCAAUAACAUUGAGGAGUUUCAAAAGGAUAUGUCAAUGCCUAAGACAACGCGUUCGCAACGGGAUAUUAUUCCUCAGGUUCAAAACGCGAAAACGUAUGUAAACGUUCGUAUCCGUGCUGAUGGUCCCACAAAGGUGCUGGAGCUAUUUGAAGGUGGAGAGGAAGACUUUGAUGAAAAGGAGAUUAUAUACGAUAUAUCAACUGCGGCAUCAGCGUCAUCUGAUUCCCCUGUAGCUAGUGAAACUUCUACUAAUGCGUUCGAGUCACUGACUUUUGGAAUGGCACUUCAUCUGCGUGUUGACGGAGUCGGCAUUUCGUGUGUAAACGAACUUCCAAUGGAGAUAGUGUAUAUCUAUUUUGGUGGAAUUAGCCUCCACUAUUCGCGUGUAAAUUCAAACAUGCGUAUGAACAUCACGUUAGACGACCUGCAGAUCGAUAAUCAGAGUGAAGAAGCGACUUUCACAAAAUUGCUCUGCCCCCGUUUAGAUAAGAAUACUGCAGUCGCAUCCACACCUGUUCGAAAAAGAACCGGUGACAUUGAUAAAGAUCUCGCAGAGAUGGUCUGCCAGGGGAGAGGAAUGGUUGAUGAGACGGUCGAUGCUGAAACCCAGGGAAACACGGGUCUGAUCUCGAACCAGAAUAUCUUUAGUUGCGCUGAUUGCAAGUAUCGCCAGGCGAAUGUUGCUGCAAUGCAUUUCUGCUGUGCAUGGUCUAACGAACAGGGCAACACUGAUUAUUUUAAGCAUUGCUCGUUCUGGUUGUAUCCAGUCAUUACCCAGUUGGACGAAGACCUCUUGGUGUCAGCUCGAGCAUUUAUGGCGAUGAUGUCUCAGUCGUGGGGACAGAUGCGGUCACAAAAUCGUAGCGGUGAGAUUCGAAUGAAGACUAUUCCAAUUGAAACGAUGCUGGAAUCUUUGACGGAAUACAGGGAAAACACUCUUAGUGAAGAACUCAAUCCACUAAAGAGUCUGGAGUCGUACACUACAAUCUCGUCAUCAGAGACGCGAAAGGUGUACUUUGCUUUAUUGCACAUCCACCCGAUGGACUUUGAUAUUACAUUUCGUAGUGAUGUAUUUCAGACAAACACGACUAUCAACCUUCACGAAGCGGCUAGGUUUAAGAAGUCUAAGAUAGGAGGCAGCCACGCCGACGAAACGAAGCGCUCGAACUUGGGUCUAUCUUCAUUUGGUGAUGAUGGCGCGGACAAGUCGUCAUCAAUCACUUGGGCGAUUCCCAGUCUGACGAUGCACGUGCCUGAUCUUGAUAACGCUCCAGUGCGCUUGAGCGCUUUAAUGAUUGAACAUGCCUUUGGAACGAGUAGCGACCUGACUCGCCGAGUAUCAAAGUAUUACACCCGUCAGUUAUGGAAGCAACUCCACAAGAUUUUGGGAUCAUUCGAUUUUUUAGGGAACCCUGUUGGAUUCUUAGACCACAUCGGUACGGGUGUGCGCGACUUUGUCUAUGAACCCCUUGAAGGGUUGAAAAUUGGUGGAAAGGGUUUCAGUAAAGGAUUGGCUAAGGGCACGGCUAGUCUGAUGUCAAACACGAUGGAUGGUACGUUUGACGCAGCAAGUAAGAUUUCGGGAACCUUUGGGCAAGGAUUCGCGAACUUGAGUCUGGAUGAUCAUUAUCAACAGAAUCGCGCUCGUGCUCGUCGCCGCCACGUCCGUGGGCUACGCGAAGGGAUUGCGCAAGGCUCACGAGAGCUUAGUCUUGGUGUUUACGAGGGUGUUGCUGGCCUCGUGCUGAACCCUAUGCGAGGCGCGCAUGAGAGCGGUGCUGUAGGCUUUGUGCGAGGGACAAUCACCGGAAUUAUAGGGCUUCCUGUCAAGCCUGUAGCAGGUAUCUUUGAUUUUGCAUCACGUGCUACUCAAGGCGUGCGUAACCGAUCAUUGCAAAACGGUCAGAAUAUGCAGCGUGUCCGUCGACCGCGUGUGUUUGGACGCUACAGCGAGCUUAAAUGCUAUAAGGAAGCUGAUGCGAUUGCCUAUGAAUUGCUUAAGAAGGUUGGAGGUGAUCGGUUGUCUGGUGAGAAGGUCAUUUUUUACAAUGAAAUCUUGCAGUCUGUGAGUGUUGCAGAUCUUACACGUGAAGCUCGAGAUCGACGGCGCAGUGGAAGCGUUGGAAAUAUCAAGUCGAAGAGUAACAAUGAUUCAACUUGCCAGCGCACGAAGUCCCUGCGGCGAGCCCUCCAGGAGAGUGAUGAACGUCGUCGGGCUGCUGGCGAGUCUCCAAAUGUAGGUACUGGUGAAAGUAGUGGACGCAAACUUCGGUAUGAGGUAGUAUUUUAUAAGAAGAAGUUGGGGAUGGAUCUGGAGACGGACUUUUAUUGCGAAAACGUAACAAUCAAGGCGAUGGAUGAGACAGCUCGAUCAAAAGUGAAGGUUUGUGGGCAAAUAGCUCCUGGCCAAAAGGUGUUACAGGGAGGAGAUUGUUUGAUUGGUGUUGGCGGCGUGGAUGUACGUGGUAUUGGUUUCCAUGACACGUUAGCGCUAUUGCGUGGCACCGCUCGGCCCAUCACAGUUCAAUUUGAAAGUGCAGAGGAGCUGAUGCAAGAUACCACUACGGAUAAUGUAAAUGAGAGAGAAAUUGAGUUUGGACCGACAAGCAAGGCGCGACUCAACCGGCUGUCCUUUGUUGGCUCAGAAUCUGGAAAAGAUGCAGUGAACGAGUCAAUUAAUAAGCUUACUGUUCAGCUAACACAUUGGCUAAUCGUGACGGAACAGCGCGUGCUUUACAUUAACGUAGGAUCGUUCAGCAAACCCGUGGUAGAAUGGAUGACACCAUUGCGGUAUGUCUACCGUGUCGAGUGGCAAAAGAGUGCAGCACGAAUAUGUCUUCACCUUAGUGUCGGUGUGGACAGUUUACCAAUGGGUCCACGUUUGUUGCCAUCUCUUAAGACAUAUGAUGGUCACGAGCGAGAUAUGAACGUGUUUUUGGAUGUUAUGUGGCAUAGCUUUGGUUCUGCAACUGCUGAAGAGCAGGAACUCUGGCCUUCUGACACAAGUCUCAACGGUUAUUUGCUUAAGAAAGGCGGGUUUUCAACGGUCCGUCGAUGGUUUGUCUUGAGCCGCAAUUGUCUCUACUACUUUUCAAACCGCAAGCAGCUACGUGGUAUCAUUCCUCUUGGUCACGUGCGACUUGAGACAGACACGGGUGAUACACGUUGUUUACGUAUUACAAAUGCUACUCGUUCCCAGCCAUUGGUAACACUGCAGUUAGACAGUGGUCAAGUCGUUGAACGUGUUCAAAGUGAAGUGGUGCUUGUUGCUGCCUCACCCCAAGAGCUUGAAAUGUGGCAAUCGUCUUUAGCCCAUGCUGCUGGUAAAGGCAUGCGACAUUCUCGUGGUACUCGCUUUUUCAUUCCAACUGCUGCUUCACGACUUGAAAUUGGUACUCAAACAACUCCAGAUUUUAUCAUCAAGCCACUUACUGAAGCUCUUAAGAAAACAGUCGAAGUCUUUAACACAACGUUAUCCUAA